CUUAAUCCAAUUGAUCAACAUUUCCAUUUUAUCAUAACGUAUAUCAUGUCAAAAAAACUAUAAAUAUGUUGUGAACUUCCUAAUUUUUUUACCGAUAUUUGAUAUAAAAAUAAAAUGGAACUUGUAAAAAUAAGCGGUAUGAAUUCUUUUGAUCCAACUCCAAAAUUAAAAUCUAGUCCUAUACCGAUUUUGUUUAUUUCAUUUAAUCGGCGUGAUACUAAUUGUAUUCAUUGUGGAGAAGAAUACACUAAAACACUUUUUUGUAAUAAUCAAAGAUACUGUAAAAAAUGUUUAUCAUGUUAUCUUACUGCUAUAGCAGAUCAUAAUAUAUACUUGGAUGAAUAUAAUGUAAUGAUGGACUUAGAAUGUACUAAACAUGAAAUUAGGACAAAAGAACCACAAGUUAUUCAAGAAUGUUGCAGAAAUUGCUUGAAAGUAUUAUGUUUUAAACAAAUAUUUGAAAGUUGUCUUUUUAGAGAUUUACACAAAAAUUUAUACAAUAGUGUGAUCGAAAUUGUAAAAUAUUGCAAACUGUGUGGAAAAUCAUUAUAUAAAGAAUAUGAUAGUUCUCUCAUAAUGAUAUUCAAAUUAUGUUCGGACUGUUAUUUAAUUUCUUUUGAAUAUAUAGAAUCAACUUUGACCAAAAAAAUUAUUCCAAUUAUUUAUUUACCAUGGUGGCACAAUAUAGCUAGGUGUAGUGCUUGUAGAUUAAAUUUAACAAUUACAUCAGACUGCCAGAAAUGUUGUAAGAGAUGUCAUAUACUUUAUACUGGAUGUAGAUAUUGUUUAACAACAAAUAUUAUUUUCGGAUUAACAACUCAAUCGCAAUGUAAAAAAUGCAAAAGAAUAACUAUCAUUUCUUAUUUCGCAAAUAUUUUGAAUGAAAAUAGUGAAUUAUAUGAAUUUUCCCACAUAUCUCGUUGUGAAGUUUGUGACAAAUCCUUAACACUUAUAUCAGAAUGCCAAAAAUACUGCGAAAAUUGUCUUAUGUUAUAUAUUAAUAAAUGCAGAUAUUGUUUAACAACAAAUCUUAUUUUUGGGCUUACAACUCAAUUUCAAUGUAGAAAAUGCAAUAAAGCAUCUAUUGUGAAUAUUUUUAGUGGAAACAGUGAAUUAGAUAAAUUUCUCUUCAACCUAUUUCCUGACACCCAUUUUUACGACGUUAAUAUGAAUGUAGAUAAGUUUAUAGACAAAAUAAAACGUAUUGACAAAUAUUAUUCUACAUCAAAAAUAAAUUCAACUAUUCAUUCUAUGUUUCAAAAUUACAAAGAUUCUCAAUCAAAAAAGUUGACGGAUCAAUCAGAAAAGUUGAUAGAGUGGAUACCAUAUUCUCAAUUUAUAAAUAUAAUGGAAAUAGCAAGAGGAGGAUUUGGUAUUAUAUAUUGUGCAACUAGGGAUCAAAAAAGUAUCAUUCUAAAAAAGUUCAAAAAUUCUCAAGAUACCAGCAGAUAUUUUUUAAAUGAGUUAAAAUCAAAUCAAAAUUGUUAUGAAAUUAAGCAUCAUAUUAUUAGAAUCCAUGGUAUUACAAAAGAUCCUAAAUUAGGCGAUUAUAUGUUAGUUAUGCAAUAUGCAUCAGGAGGAGAUUUACAUAAAUGGUUGCAAAAAAGUUUUGCAGAUAUUACGUGGAAUAAAGAAAAAUUAAUUAUUUUAUGGCAAAUUUCAGAAGGACUUGAAACUAUUCAUAAAGCUGAUUACAUACAUCGAGAUUUUCAUAGUGGAAACAUAUUAUAUGAUUUACGUCACAAUGAAGAAAGACAUCAAUGGUUAAUUGGAGACCUAGGAUUAUCACAACCUGCAAAUAAUACAUCAUCGAAUAAUGAAAUAUAUGGAGUGAUACCUUAUAUUGCACCAGAAAUAUUUAAAGGAUCUUCAUUUUCUAAAGAAUCAGAUGUUUAUAGUAUGGGUAUGAUUAUGUGGGAACUCACAACAGGUUGCAAACCUUUUGCUAAU